UUGGAUCCCCUUACAGAUCAUGAUUUUGGAAGGAAGUGGUGUGAUGAAUCUCAAUUCCAGCAACCAUCUUCUCCACCAACAGCCGGCCUCGACAGACAGUUACCCCACAUGCAUUUCCAGUGGGUUUUUUGGAGGCCAAUGGCACAAGAUCCAUCCCCAGUACUGGACCAAGUACCAGGUAUGGGAGUGGCUCCAGCACCUCCUGGAUACCAACCAGCUUGAUGCCAAUUGCAUCCCCUUCCAGGAAUUUGACAUCAAUGGGGAACAUUUGUGCAGCAUGACCUUGCAAGAGUUUAGCUGAGCAGCGGGGGAAGCUGGCCAGAUCCUCUAUAACAACUUGCAACAUCUCAAGUGGAAUGGUCAAUGUAGCAGUGACCCAUUCCAGUCCACCCACAAUGUCAUAGUGAAGACAGAGCAAGCAGAUCCUUCCAUUAUGACCUCUUGGAAAGAAGAUAAUUAUUUAUAUGACACAAACUAUGGUAGCACAGUAGAAAUGAUGGACAGCAAAACUUUCUGCCGAGCUCAGAUCUCCAUGACAACCACUGGCCACCUCCCCGUUGAUUCACCUGAUCUGAAGAAGGAGCAGGAGCAUCCCGCCAAAUCUCACCCCAAAAAACACAACCCUCGAGGGACUCAUUUGUGGGAGUUCAUCCGAGAUAUUCUCCUGAACGCAGAUAAGAACCCAGGGUUAAUAAAGUGGGAAGAGCGGUCUGAGGGCAUCUUCAGGUUCUUGAAAUCAGAGGCAGUGGCUCAGCUCUGGGGGAAGAAAAAGAACAACAGUAGCACGACCUACGAAAAACUCAACCGAUCUGUGAGGUACUAUUACAAACGAGAAAUCCUAGCACGUGUGGAUGGACGGAGACUGGUAUGUAAAUUUGGGAAGAAUGCCCAGGGCUGGAGAGAAAAUGAAAAUUAG